UCCGCGCAGGACAUCCCGCAGGCGACGCUCGACUUCGCGCACCGCAUGUUCGACGCCGCGCGCGAGAACGACGCCGAGCUCCUCCUCCAGGCCGUCGACGCCGGCCUGCCCCCGAACCUGACGAACGACAAGGGAAACACGCUGCUCAUGCUCGCCGCCUACAACGGGCACGCCCCGCUCGUCUCGGGCCUCUUGGCGCGCGGCGCCGACGGCGGCCGCGCCAACGACCAGGGCCAGUCCCCGCUCGCCGGCGCCGUCUUCAAGGGCCACGCCGACGUCGUCCGCGUGCUCGUCGCCGGCGGCGUCGACCCCCGCGCCGGCACGCCCACCGCGAUCCAGACCGCGCGCCUGUUCAAGAGGGACGACCUGCUCGCGCUCAUGGGCGCGACCGAGGAGGACAUGAAGGAGCCUGUGCCCGCCGUGCCCGGGCCGCCGCCGCACUGA